AUGAGAAUACGAAAACAUGAUUUCGUUUUGAUUGAUGACGAGAUGAAAUGUCGAUUGCACAAAAUCGUUGACAUGAAAAUAAAAAUAAAAAAGAAUUACAUAAAUUUAUUAUUUCUUAUAAAUAAAAAAUAUGGAUCUACAUUUACAUUUAUAAAUAAUAAAUGGGUAAGAAGUAAGAAGAAUACCUCUAAAUUAGAUAUAGAUAAUAAUAUAGAUAUUGAAGGUACUAAUAAAGAUAUAUAUUAUAAUAAUAACUCUCAAAAAUUGACCGAAGAAAAUAUACAUGAAUUAAAAGAAAAUAAUUAUGAAAAUCCAUAUGAGGUAAUACAAAAGCUAGUAGAUAAUUCUUCAACUUUUAAAGAAAAAACGAUUAUAUCUAAAUUUAAAUAUAUUGAAAAAAAAUUAAAAAGACAUUUUUGUCAAUUUACGAUUUAUGAAUGUAAUAUAUCGAAUUUAGUACGUUUUUAUUAUAAAUAUUUUCCAGAAAAAAUAUCAAAUGUCAGGAUAGAUUAUCUAGCAAACAUUCUGUUUCAUUUGAAUAAGGAUUCUAAUGAAAAGAACGAUAUGGAAAGUAUUAAAAAUAUGGAAAGUAUUAAAAAUAUGGAAAGUAUGGAAAAUAUGAAAAAUAUGGAAAAUAUGAAAAAUAUGAAGAAUGAUUCUUUAACUAUGAUACAGGAAGAGACAAAUACAAGUAACAACAACCACAAUAAUAAUAAUAAUAAUGAUGAUACUAGUUCAUGUAGUAACCUUUAUAAUCAUAAUGUCUUAAUAUACGAUGAUACCUUCGGAUUAAUGACGAGUGUUAUUAAUAUUACGUAUGACUAUAAUGUUAAUAUAUUUUCUCUCGUAUAUAAAAAUUCUUGUAGCUCCAUCAUACCGAGCUUCGGAAUUAAAAAAAAUACGAACAUUUUAAAAAUUAGGAUAUUAAAUUCUACAUCAAAGGGAAGUAUUAAUAUGGAAACGAGUGAAACGACUGCUACGGAUAUGGUUGAAGUUACUACGAAGAAUAAUAAUGAUGAAAUAAAAAAUAAUGAUGAAAAAAAAAAUAAUAAUAAUAAUAAUAAUAAUCAUAAUAAUAAUAAUCAUAAUAAUCAUAAUAUUGCACAUAUUGACGAUAGUUAUAAUAUAAUAUAUCAAAUUAAUAAUAAUUUUUUGAAUAAAGAAAAUAAUUUUGUAAACCAAGAUAUUAUAUCAACAAAUAUUCAUGAAAUUAUUGAACCUAAGAUAUUGUCUAAUAUUUAUGAGGAAAAAAUAAAUUCUGAAAAAACGCAUUCUUAUAAUGUUAAUUCUGAUCAUUUAGAUGAACAAAAUAAUAACGAACAUGAACUAACAAGUCCUAAUAUCUCUGUACUUAGUUCUCAUGAAAAAAGAAAAUUAAAUCAUAUAGGAUAUAUAAAUGAUAUAUCCAAUGAACCAAAUAAAAAAAUCAGAAAUUAUCAAGAGGAUUAUAAUAAUAUGAAUAAAGAAAAUAUAAUAAAUUAUGAAGAAAUAAAAAAAAAAAGGAUGAUACAAGAUUUAUAUCAAAGAAAAGCUGAAUCAUUUGUUAUUAUUAUUUCAAGUGAAUUUAUUUAUAAUACAAAUACAAAUUUAUAUUUAUUAAUAAAUACUUUAACUAAUGUUUCGUUGAAAUAUCUAAAAAAUGAUAGUAAAGUCAUAUUCUAUACAGACGAUUUUAAUAUAUUAAAUAUGUUUUUAAAAAUUUUAAUUAAUACAAACUCGUUUAUUCAUAUUAAAUUAAAUGAAUAUAUCUUAAGAGAACAACAAAUCAUUAAAAGAAGGACACACCCAGUUAUUAAAAAUGCAAAACUAUCAGAUGGAUUUUUAUUAACAGCUUUGAAAGUUGAAAGUUGA